GGACAUUGGGAACAACCGAUUUACGGGAACCUUUCCCGAGUUUAUUUUGCGCCAGAAGAGCCUUGUAUCCCUGAACUUGGGCAACAACAGUUUCACAGGGACUAUCCCCCGCAAACUGGCCAAGCUUCUCAACGUGGGAGAUAUAAAUCUCAAUGACAACAAUUUCCAUGGAACCAUCCCAUCCGACCUGCUUCGGCUACCCAUGUUGUCCUCGCUAGAAAUAGCUAACAACUUCCUCUCAGGGGAACUCCCAGGGACUCUUAGUGUCACAACUUCUCUUAGAACGCUUAGCCUGGGCGGAAAUGGCUUCACAGGCUCCUUACCUGACUUCUCACGCUGGAACGUUAGAUGUGUAGAAAUAGAUCUCAGCAGCAACAACUUCACAGGGUCGAUUCCCCACUCCAUCUCCACCCUCACCACCCUCGAGGGCAUUUUACUCAACAACAACCAGCUGACAGGCACCAUCCCAUCAGCCAUAUUCACCACGACGAAUCUGAAAUACUUCUACAUGGCCAACAACCAUCUCACCGGCACUCUGCCAGCCGCCAUCAGCCAACUACAGAAGCUCGAACAGAUCUGGUUGGACAACAACAAGAUUGAAGGCUCUCUGCCAACUGGCCUGUGCUCGCUGCCCCUGCUGUGGCGCUUCAUGAUCAGCAACAACUACCUCUAUGGACCCCUGCCAGACUGCCUCUUUGACAAGUGCAUCAACCAAAUUGAUGUGAGCGGCAACAGCCUGUAUGGACGCAUCAACCGCGAUUUCAAGCACAUGGUGGCGAACAGCGGCGCCCUCGUCAACCUGGCUCGCAACUUCUUCUUUGGGGAAGCCGUGCUCUUUGCUGCUGGCUGCAAGGUCUGCCCCACCGAGGUCAGCGAGCCCAACAGCCUCGGCCUCAAAGACACCUCCAACUGGCGAGUCUCUGACGGCAAUUGCAACAAUGCACUACCCUCUUACCUACUACAAGACUACGCCGUGACAGGGGCCGGGCUGAAGCUGAGGGUGAGUCUGUCGGGCAACUGCCUGACGCUCAGCCCAAGCACGGAGUGCUCGGUCAACGCCACCCAGCGCAGCACGGCAGCCUGCCAGGCGUUCUGCAGCAUCACGGACAACGGCCCGUGUGACGGCCAUGGGGUGUGUGUGCCGGCUGACCCCACCUCUGCAGCAGCAUCACGGACAGCCUCCCCCUCCAACUUCACGUGCCUCUGCGAUGCCGGCUACUCCACUCUCGACUCAGGCAACGGCUCCACAUGCGCCAUUGUCAACUCCACCACCACCACUGUGUCGUCGCUAUCCACGGGUGCCAUAGUGGGCAUUACUCUAGGCUGCUUUGCUGGCUUCAUUUUGCUGGCUUUUGUGGUCACAUGGCUGCUGUGGCCCCGUGGACCAAAGAAGUGGGAGGGGUUGGAUGUGUGUGAGCAGUUCUCGCUGCAGCAGAUGCUAAAGGCCACCAACAACUGGUCGGAGGACAAUGUGCUGGGCAAGGGAGGCUUCGGCAUUGUCUACAAAGGCCGCUCGUCACAUGGCCAGCUGUGGGCCAUCAAGCGCUCCACCAUCAUGACCAACGACUUUGAAACGGAGGUGCGAACCAUGGCGUCUCUCCACCACACACACCUCGUGCGCCUGCUGGGCUUCUGCCUGGACCAGAACGUGGAGACGGGCAAGCAGGAGCAGAUUCUGGUGUACGAGUUUAUAGGCAACCGGGACCUAGAGUGCCAUAUCCAUGCAACCAAGCGUCCGCUGUCGCUGCGCCAGAGGUUGCGCCUAGCACAGGGAGCAGCAGAGGGCCUGGCGUACCUGCAUGGGUUUGACACACCCAUCGUUCACCGCGACAUCAAGCCGGCCAACAUCCUUGUGUCUGCCGACAUGCAAGCCAAGGUGGCUGACUUUGGGCUGCUCAAACGCCUCACUCACGGCGAUGCUGAUGCCACGCGAGUGGCCGGCACUCCGGGAUAUGUGGAUCCGGAUUACAACCGCACCAACGUCAUCACAGCCAAGAGUGACGUGUUCAGCUUUGGAAUCGUGCUUCUUGAGUUGCUGAGUGGAAAGCCGCCACGAGUCGACGCAAAAACGCAUAUAAGCAAAUGGGCAAUGAAGAGGGUGGAGGCGUAUGAUCUGGAGGAGCUGAGGGACAGCAAGAUGCCAGCGGUUAGUGAGGAGGCAAUAGUCGACUUUGCAGAUCUGGCUCUAGACUGCAUCAAGUCUCCUGGCACACGGCGACCCACCAUGAAGGAUGUGGCAUGCCGCCUCAGCGCCCUCAUUGCCAAGCACUGUCCCGACAGGGAGGACGAGUGGGAGAGUGUUGCGAAGGAAGAGAGUGAAGGCAACGAGGGUAUAUCUUCAAGGGAUGUUUCUGCUGUGUCGUUUGAGAGCAGUGGGAGGGAGGCUGAAAGGUCUCAUGGCUCACAUUCUAAUGUGAGCUCGUUCAUGCGUGUUGGCUCGAUAGCCAAGCCAAGUGAAAUCUACGAUGCUGCCACUGCGACCCUCACAGUCGAUCGAGGACUGCGCGUUCCAGUCUGGCUGGUGGGCACUCCCCGUUCCUUGCGCUAA